GUGGAGCGAAGUGAUGUAGUAAGAAGUUGGGCAGGCGAUGCUAGCUUCGGCCUCGGCCUUCCUCCUGUCUUCCGUCCAGCCCACACCGCACUUCUCCCCACAUGGAACCUCGAAUAGCGACACUGCUAGAUCAACAGCCCUACAGGAGACUCACUCUUGACCCUUCUGUACUGACCACUCCUGCGUCCGUGGGUCCCCGGUACAUCGAGCUUUCAUCUGGUGCUAGCGCAGGGCAUUCAAGCCCUGAACCUCACGGCCACCAUGAUCAUGUCGAUGCCAGACACAAGACCUCAUCGCAGGCACACUCGGGCGCGCCGCUCGCCCGAGUGUUGAAUGAUCCAUUGUCCUCGUCUCCAGUCUUUCAAGCUUCGUCUGGUCGUCAAACGUCACAGCAUGCUGCUUUCCGUCCCAGGAGUGAUGUUCCAGUCUCAGGCCCUUCCGCGGGCUCUCCUGACGCACCUAGGAGAGGUGAACAGCCCAGCUCUGUCGGUUACGCUGGCGCCGACGUGUCGUUGAUACAGUUGCCAAAGCCCCCACAAGCCCCAAGAAGACCUGCAAAGAGGCCUAGGAUCCCGCCACUGCUGCAGGGUCUUCAUCAACCACCGCCGCUGCCACCCAAGAAUAAAUUAUUUCCGCCCAUCAGCGAAAGAAGCGGGCUUGGAAGCGAAGUGGGUGACCGGUUCAGUCUCACGAGUGCGUUUCCCUCAAGCGGCACGGAAGAACUAGCCAAAGCUCCGGCCUCGCCAGAGAAAAGAAGUGAGCCCGCAAGUGUUGAUGUAGGACAGCCGGAGAGUACGUGUGAUGCUCCGAUAGCACCUCUGGAUCAGGAAACAAGCAAUGGGAAUAUAUCAGACCCGUCAUUGGCGACGCUGACUGCGAGUCGACGUCAGACAAAGGUCAAGACAGCACGCAAGCGAACAAAAUGGACACAGAAAGAAACAGAAGACCUGCUUAUCGGAGUCAGCAGGUUCGGUAUCGGCAGGUGGAAGCAGAUUCUCGAGAGUGCAGAUCUCCACUUCCAGGGGCGGACGGCGGUGGAUCUCAAAGAUCGAUUCCGCGUGUGCCGGCCUGGUGAAGGACUGAAGGCCAGGAAAGGAGCCGUGCCGGAAAAGGCAAGGGCUGCAAGUUCAACAGACACAACUCAAGCCAGCAGCGAGGCCACACGUCCGGCUGCCGAGAAAGCUCCCAUGCAGCGCGGCACGUCUGCUCAACAAGCGUCGAUGGAGGACGAGGGCACAAACGAUCAAGCCUCUACCAAGCGGGCCGGCGUCUACGGGCCUUUCAUGAAGAGCCAGCGCAGAGCGCGGCGCGAAUUCAGCGGCGAAGACGACAAGAACCUACUCAAAGGCUUCAAGCGGCACGGCGCCGUGUGGCACGCGAUGCGCGACGACGUGGAACUGGGCUUCGGCAUGCGCCACGCCACGGACCUGCGCGACCGCUUCCGCAUCAGGUAUCCAGAACGGUUCGCAAAGGCCGGCUACAAGCUCAAGCCCAAGGAGGCGCGCGCACUCCGAGAAGCAGAGGAACUGAAGGCGCAGAAGGAUCAAACAUGGCGGCCCCCAUCGCCGAGCGUGACAAGCACUGCACCAGUACCAGCCAGCACGGCUCCCAAGCCCGCAGCAACGCGGCCCACAUUCGAGCUGACGACGGACUUCACCUUCGACGACGACGACGGUGGCGACCGAAGCCCCAUCGUGCUGAACCGCAACAUCCUGCAAUGGGCCGACGAGCACUCCUCUAACCCCGCGACCAGCGCAGCACAAGCACUCCACACAGCCACUCACCCGGCAGCCGAGCCGCUCUACAACCCGUUCGGCGGCGCCUCAGACGGGCUGCACAUCAACCCGCUGGCGACGCUGAAGCUGCCGUGCGCGCACUGGAGCCGUGCCAUGACGAACGCCUCGCUGCCGCCGCCGACCCGGACUCAGCCGGCGAUGCGGACGCCGAACCUGCCCAACAUAGUGUUUCCUUAUGUGCCGAGUGCGAGCGCACGAAACACCGUGCACAAUCUGCCUGCGCCGGCGGACAUUCUGUCGGAGCGGCAGGCCGGGGCUGGAGAGGGGCAUGUGUGGAUUGGCCAGUAGACAGAUGAAUUUACGACUUGUCACGAUGUAUUUUUUCAGCGUGGCACAUUGUGGACAUGAAUUCACAACUUGUCACGAUGCAUUUCUUCAGCGUAGCACAGUGGGUGCACGAAUUCACAUCUCGCAAUGUAUUUCAUCUCGCAAUGUAUUUUAUCUCACAGUGUAUUUCAUCUCACGAUGCAUUUUU